UUUUUCUUUUCUUUUUCUUAUUCUCUUUCUUGAUCCUCCUUUUACUUCUUUUUUUUUCCCCCCAAUUUUAUUACUCGUAUAAUAAUUUUUACGAACGGAAAUUAUGAUAGUUAAAAUUAAAAUAAUAAUCUAUACUGUCUUAGUGCGUUACUCUCUUGGUCAUAGGAUUCAUUUAAACAAUUGUUAAUUAGAAUUUUUAAUGAAAUAUUUCUUGUAAAAUUCAUGUAUAGAUAAUCGAUAAUAAUUUUUGGUCACACGUUUGGAAUAAAUGAAACUACAAUAAUUCCAAAGAUCUAUGUAAUAAAUUUGUUAAUUAGAAUUAAUAUCGUCAUACGAUGAGAGCGAUAAAUAACAAAGAUUGAAAGAAUUAAUGAGAUAGAAAAAUGUUAUUUCGAUUGGAGUGUAUGAAAGAUAUUGUCGACACAGUCGAGCUAAGCGUUCUUGUAACCCUCACUUGAUAUUGGUCUGUCUUUGUCAGUCUCGUUGUCACAAGCUCACCUAUCUGGGAAGGGUAAUGUCAUUCUCGAGCGAAAUGCGAGCGUUUAACCCGGUAAUCAGAAAAGUGAGGCUACAUGGAUGUGACCUAGUCCACGAGCUUACUAGAACACAAAUUGCCAUGUCGUUGCAUUGUUCCCGCUCUUAUACGUCGACGUAUAUAUAUACGCAUGUGUGUGCAUGUGUGUGAUCGGUCUCUUACGUCUCCAUUGUUGAAGUAGGUACUUACUUCUAGCGUAACACAGGAUACGAUUAUGGACACGUCAGUGACCGAACUUUCAAAACGAAUUUAAAGAUCCGUCCUUGGCAAACGAAAGCUUAAAAUUAAUUUAGAAACGUAAUUAAAGUAGUUUAAAUACGCAAUUAAUUAAAAAUUUUCUCUCCGUUGGAGAGAUCUCCUUUUAAAUUCGAUCACUCGAAUCGCCUUCAGAAAAACUCCAACCAAAAGUUCCGUAAUUGAAUAAGUUAAUAUUGACUCGCGUUAUCUGUAAACGAAGAAGGAGAUUGACAAAUCUCAAAAAUGUCUUCGUCGUUAAACAAAAGGAAAAGAAACGCUAUGGAUUGCUUUGAUAAGGAGAUCGAUAAGAUGGUAAUAUCAUCGGAUCGAGAUAAGGAUCUUGAACGAGUUCGAGACACAUGUUAAGAGUACGGACGUUAAACGUGUGUUCUGUGGAGAGUCAGUGACGUAAUCGGUGAACAUUAACAACGACGACGACGGCGUAUGACGUAUGACAUAACAGAUGGAAACAAUCCGAGUGAAUCAGGAGAACGUAAGGAAAGAAUGUAAACGAAUUUGUAAAACAAAUCGUUGUAACGCCGAUGAAAGGCGAAGAACGAAGAGAAGUCUUGAAAGAAACUGAAUCGUAUGAUAUGACUAAUAAUAAAAAAAAAAAGAACUAGAAAAAAGAAUGCUUCGUCAAAAACAUAAUAAACACGAAAAUAGACACUCUCUUGCACCAGGUGGUGCGCUCUUGCUGAUGUCAUCGUAACAAAUUGAAUGACGUAACAAGGAGCAAAGGAUUCUAUCCAGGCAAAAAUAUUUGAUCCUUUUUAUAGCGCCACCAUUGUUAUUACUACUACAACGACAACGACUAUUACUGGUUCUACUGGGUACUGCUACUACUGCUACUGCUGUUGCUACUGCUGCUGCUGUUGCUGCUGCUGCUGCUGCUGCUGCUGCUGCUGCUGCUGCUGUCACUGACGGCUAUGCUAAAGCUCCUCUCUGUCUCGUACAUUUACGAUUCGUUCUAACAUAAGUGCGGAGUACGGAUCGAUAAAUUCGCGCUUGCCCCGUACGGUCUUACCUACACGGCGAUUGUCCGAAACUAGUUUUAAGAAAGCAGACGUGAUGCACGAUCGGGAUCAGUCGCGAUGUAACCGCAGCAUGAAACGGCCUCGUACCGGGCCACCAGGUGACCGCCAUCAAAUGUUCGACGUCGGCUAAUUUUGUUGGCCAAGUUUUUUCUAAUCGGACUUCGACAGGAGAGAGAAACAGAUAGGAAGAGAAAGAGAGAGAAAGAGUGAGAAAGAGAGAGAGAGAGGGAGGGAAAGAGAGAAAGAGAGAGAGAGAGAGAAAGAGAAAAAAAAUUUUUGUUCGAUUACUUUUCAACGUGGGAAGACGAAAAAAGAGAAGGACGUAUCUUGAGGUCAGUGGUUCCAACGAGGAGCCAAACCGAAGAGAUAGCGUCCCUCAACAGCGAAUUACGUAAUUUACGUUUCAUUUGUGUCCUGGAAUAUCUAUAUAUAUAUAUCUAUAUAUAUAUCUAUAUAUAUACAUAUAUAUAUAUAUAUAUAUAUACACACGUAUAUGUAACGAACGUGUGUCGCAUACAAGAAAGAGAGAGAGAGAAAGAGAGAGAGAGAGAGAGAGACAGAUAGAAAGAGAGAGAGAGAGUCUUAUCAUUCUUUGAAAGAAGAAGAAUGGCUAUAUAUUCGUGGGUACGAGUAAGACGAGGCCCUCAGUAGGAAGAUGAUAGAGGGCCAGGUACAUCAACUUCCGGUGAGGCUACCGCCUGACAAGACGCAGCCUGCUCAAACAUCCCAGCCGAACACCGCCAAGUUCGAAAAUGAGCAAUGUAAGGAGCCUCUGCUUCCGGAGAAGCAUAAUUCCAACAGGAUGACACCAACCGAUGGCCGAUCACGCGCAACUUCUGAAUCGAAUGCCACAGUUGGCACCAACACCAACACCACCAUCCCCAACAACAAUAACAACAACAGCAGUAAUGGUAGCGGGAAUGGUAAUAGCAAUGGCCCUAACAUGACCAAUUCGGUCACGGCCAAUUCCACCGGCCAUGAAGAGUGUAUGGAAGUGACGAUCUUCGAUGAGAAUUAUGAUAACAACCGUCUUCCUGAUGUCGUCGCUGAAAGUAAAAUCUACGGAGUGUUGGACGAGGAGGAGCCAACGGAAUCUUACUGUGCCAUAACCAUUCAAGUUUUCAUACCAUUCCUGAUAGCUGGCCUUGGCAUGGUUGGAGCGGGAUUGGUCCUCGAUUUGGUCCAACACUGGGUUGUGUUUGAUAAAGUGAACGAACUGAUGAUCCUGGUGCCAGCACUUUUAGGUCUAAAAGGUAAUCUAGAAAUGACUUUGGCGUCUCGUCUCUCUACACAAGCGAAUCUUGGACACAUGGACACGCCUAAACAACAGUGGUACAUGAUCGUUGGGAAUCUCGUUUUGAUACAAUGUCAAGCUAUAGUCGUUGGUUUUCUGGGCUCAGUCGUGGCAAUUGUUAUGGGUGCUUUCCGAAAUGGUACAGUUUCGUUGGAUCAUGCGUAUCUCUUAUGUGCUAGCAGCCUGGUAACAGCAUCCUUGGCUUCCUUCGUUCUCGGUUUGAUAACCGCUGGCGUGAUAGUCUUCUCACGUCACUGUCACAUCAAUCCUGACAAUGUAGCAACGCCGAUAGCUGCUAGUCUUGGUGACAUCACGUCUUUAGCCCUUCUAUCAUGGAUCUCAACGAUCCUUUACGAAUCGAUCGAUAAACAGGAUUGGCUGGCACCACUCGUUAUUGCAUGCUACGUUCUUGUAACACCGCUUUGGGUUUGGAUUGCCAAAAGAAACAAAUAUACCAACGAUGUGCUCUAUUCUGGAUGGACACCUGUCAUGGUCGCCAUGUUGAUCAGCAGUUGCGGUGGUUUGAUUCUCGAGUUCAUGGUCUCACGCUUCGAAAAUCUCACGGUUUUUCAACCUGUGAUCAAUGGAGUUGGUGGAAAUCUUGUUGCUGUACAAGCUAGUAGAAUAUCAACGGCUCUUCACAAGCAAGCCGAACUAGGAACGCUUUUGAUACCACCAGGUCAAACUCAUCCUGUCAUUUUCAUUACACCAAUAGCUAAUUUCUUCGGCAAAGGUAUACACGCAAGAACAACAAGAGUAUUGAUGUCUAUGGUGAUACCCGGUCACAUUAUUUUCAUUUAUCUAAUUAAUUACAUGAAAGACGGUAAUGCAUCGUUAACGCCUCUAUUCGUUUUCGUAUAUCUUUGCGCUGCUGUAUUACAAGUGGCUGCACUUUUGUAUAUCGCCUAUAUAAUGAUCCAUUGGAUGUGGAAAAGAAAAAUAGAUCCUGAUAAUUCGGCUAUACCUUAUUUAACUGCUAUGGGUGAUCUACUUGGCAUCAGUUUACUUGCGAUCGCCUUUCAAUUUUUAUAUCUCGUUGGUGAUCAGGAUUAUGGUGAUCAGAUGAAGCCCUGAACGUGAAAAAGAAAUUCAUCGGUCCAACAAUGGCGUAUAAAUAAUAAUAAUAAUAAUAAUAAUCAUAAUACAAAAAAUAAUAAUGCAUAAAUAAAUAAAUAAAAAACGCUCUUGCGAAGAGUAUGCUGGUACACGUGAAAAGAAGGCAUUUCAAAGUGGCUGUGGUCGUAUGAAAGUAUACCAUAUACUGAAUCAAUUAUUAUCGAUCUGCCAUUUCGUCGAAAGGCCUAGAAGAAAAGGACGAGCUAUUAAAUAUUUCACUCGAUGCUCUUUAGCUUUAUUUCUAAUUCGGAUAAGGAGAAGCAAAGAGAGGCAAUGCUGAGAUAUUCACAUAUUCGACCAUUGUAGAAGCUUCGUUGGUCCUUUGAAGACAAAUUUCAAAGGAAAUUGGGAUUGUUAUUGAAAGAUACGAAGAUUAUAAAAAAUGCCUUAAUGAUCGAUCGAUCGAUCGAUCGAUUGAUCGAUCGAUUUCAUGCGGAUUAACGAACAAGUUAUGCUACGUUUCGAUGCGCUUUGCUUCGAGCUACUACAUUAGACUAAAUUAGAUGACUUUUUAGAAUCUUUUUCGCACUAACGAAUGGAUUUAGAGACCUAAUCGCGGAACGAAUAAAAAAAAAAGGAAAAGAGAAAAGAAAAACAAAAAAAAUCGCUAGCUAAUAAUGAUCCUUAAGACAAAUUUUCUGUUGUAUGUAAAUAUUUAUAUCUAUGAUAUAUAUAUAUAUAUGUAUAUGUAUAUAUAUUAUAUAUGUAUCUGGUUAGACAAUUGUGUCAUACAAAAUUUUUAGAUUCCUUCAUGCUCGUAAAGGAUAUUCAUUAAUUCGUCGAACUUUUUAAAAUUCGUUUCCUUCAUUUUCCGCGACAAGACAAUUGUCAUUACCAAAGAAAGAAAGAUAGAAAGGUAGAAAGAUAUAAAAAAAAAAGAAAAAAAAGAUUCCAACGCGUAUGUGUCUUCGACUAGUUGCCUUCGUAUACGAUGAGAAAUUACCUAGUUGUUGUUGAUUGUAGCUGGCCAGGUGACCUACUAUUUUUGGAAGCUUUAAAAAAGCUCACGAGUCAAAAGCACGAUCCAUUUUAGUAAUCUACACAUAGAUAAACACAAAAAUAACAUAUUCCGAUUAUUUUCGAUUAGACAGAAAAAGAAAAGAGAAAAAGCGAGAAAGAGAACAAACAAAAGAUCUACCAUCAUCGUGCUUUCUAAUCACAAAAGAGGUAGAGAUCUCUAACGUUAUUUAUCUUCGUAAUUGGAAGGUAAACUCGUGUGAUUUAGAGAGAGUAUACCUUCAGGAUCAUACGUAAUUAUAGUGUAGUACACAGAGUGAUAAUAAAAUUCGCGACGAAGCAGAGGUGUGGAGAAGGAAGGGAGAGAUCGUCGCAUAAGCUCGAUUUUAUUUUUGAAACUUCUCUUAACGAUUAAAAUAGAUUCAUAUUUCGAGAUUUAAUAGAUAUCGUACAUCUAAUCGUUUAGAUGAGAGAAUUCGAAAAUGUAGAUCAUUCAUUUAACAUUCGACAUCAAACAUAUUGAUCAGUUUUAGAAAGAUCGGUGUCGUUGUUAGAGGGAGAGAAUUAGUAUUUUGAAAUUUAGGCAAGGAUGAACCUUUGCCUGUUUUGUUAGAUCGGUCUUUUAAAAUAUAAAAAGAGUGGAAAAAAGAGUGGAAGAGAGAGAGAGAGAGAGAGAGAGAGAGAAACAAAGAAAAAUAUGAAAAGAAAAAAAAGGAAAGGGACUAGUAAAAUUAGUGUAUCUCACUGUUGUUUGUAAAUUAAUUCUUUCUAUAAUUCAUAAGUUCUUAUGAUGAACGCAGCUCGCUCCGAUCGUUUUUACCAUUUUAGAAAGAUUUUCUCGUGUCGGAUCGAUUAGACAGCGUUAGAAUUAGAAUUCACACUCAGCGACAUUAACGUAAGCGCAACGUCUUGUACAGUGUAUGCUAUAUAGUAAUGAGUAUUUUGUAAAGAGAGAAGAGCUGUAUUAGAAACACGUGUACGUGAUGUGUAUAUAUAUAUGUGUGUAUGUGUGUGUGUGUAUAUAUAUAUAUAUAUACGCAUACAUAUAUAAGUAUUAGUGUGAGUAGAGGAAAAAUGAAAAAUGAAAAAAAAGAAAAAGAAAAAGAAAAAAGCAAAAACGAAAGCAAACUGUCACUUAUCUUCGAAUCAAUAUCGAUAACAUUCGUACGCAGUCGACCAUAACUACGAGAUUAGAAAUUUACCCUUCAUCAUAAUAAAAUUUCUAAACGUUAAUGGGUGAAGCACUGCCUGCCAAAGCAAUUAUACCAGAUGGUUUUAAUUCGCACGAGUAAUGCUUCACUCUGUACAGCGAUACGUACGAAUGACAUAGCAUAUAUAUAUAUAUAUAUAUAUAUAUAUAUAUAUAUAUAUAUAUAUAUAUAUAUAUAUAUAUAUAUAUACAAAUGGAUAAGACUAAUAUUUAGUCUUUCUGAAUAUGUAAUAAAAAUUCUAUCAAAUCACAAUUCGUGCUUAGUGCCAGAUCAUUCAGUAUUAUUCUUUAAUGCUAUCAAUGAUUUUGAUGAAUAUUUUUCAAGAUUCAUCUCGUGUUGUAUCUCAUCGAAAUAAAGAGAUAAAGAAAGAAAGAGAGAGGAAUAGUAAUAUUAAAAAGUCAUUACUUUUCACGAGAACAAAAUAGAUAUAUGAUUCUAAAUUGACGACACGAAUUAGAAAAAUAGUUUCAAGAAAUCAUUAAAAACAGAAAAAAGAACAAAAAAAGAAUAAAAGAAAAAAGAAAAUAAAAAGAAAAUAUCAAAGAAUAUUGUCAACGGUGUAUUAUAAUGUAGAGUUUAGUGAGAUUAGAAGAGAAGCAAAGAAGAAGCACAAUUAAAUUUGGAUAUAAAAAAAAAAAGAAAGGAAAGAGAAAGAGGGCGAAAAGGUUGUAACAUAGAAAAUUUUUAUGUAAAAAAAAAAAAAAAAAUAAGCAAAAGGAUUGAGAGAAAAAGAGGGCAUUGUUCGUUUUGCGUGAGUCCUUGCGGUAAUUCAAUGCCAAUUUACUUCCUCAAUGUGUAUGUCUGUGUGUGUGUGUAUAUUCUUUAUAAAAGAAUUCAUUCAUAAAAAUAAUAGUCGACGUAUAUAUAUAUACAUAUAUAUAUAUAUAUACACAUGUACAUAUUUUUCUUAAGCACAUAAAAUAAAAGAAAAACUUGUGAAAUGAAGUAUAUAUAUCCUAUACGGGUCAUUCCAUGCGAAAUCGAUCAUGCGUCAAAAUAAGAUUUCUAAUUUUGUUCAAAAUCAAAUAUGUUAAAUAUACGACGUACGGUUUUUUUAUACAAAUAUUAAAAUACUGAAAUAUGCAAAAAGGAAAACGAAGAGAAAUGCAUAAUGUAGAACAACGCACGUUUCUCUUUUCAAAAAUGAUAUCUUUUAAGCGGUACACUCGAUUGCAAUAAUCUAUUGUUUUAUUUUCUUAAAAAAGAUCAAAGUUCAACAAAAUAAAUAAGUAAGUAAAUAAAAGUGCAACGAACGUGAUUAAUGAACAAUAUUUUUGUUACUUUUUCUGUUUUACUUUUUAUUUACAUUGAUUAUAACAUAUUAGAUUUCGAAAGAAAAAUAGAGAGAAAUCUUAUUAGAAAAAAGAAAUGAUCGAAAAUGAUCCAUACGUAAAAGCAGACAAUAAAGACAUUCAAGAGAACAUGAACGAGAAGAAAUAUUUUGUGUAUCGAAGUCGAUUAAAAGAUAAUAUGAGAAAUCGAAAUUUCUUUAACACAGUCUGAUUUAGAUUUAGAUUUAGAAAGUGGAAAGACGAAGGAGAGUGAGAGAGAGAGAGAGAGAGAGAGAGAGAGAGAGAGAGAACGAGAAAGAGAAAGUAAGAGAGAGAUAACAUAGAUAUUUGUCGUUUCAUUGCACUGUUAUUGAUCGCAAAACAAAAACAUGUAAUUAAUGCUGCUGACACGUAUAGUAGGAUCCGUAUUGCAAUUAAUAAACAAAUCUGACCUCAAUUGUUGAUAUAUUGCAUGCAACAUCUGUUUCGACAAAUAAAUAAAUAAAGAAAUGCAAUGGACAAUAAUAUCAUUGUGAGAGGAAGAGAUAUUUUAUAUGCACCGUUGAAAGAGACAGAUAGAUAGAAAAAGAGAGAGAGAUAAAUGGGAAAGAGAUAGAGAGAAAAAUAAAAAAUGCAAAAUUCUUCAUACAAUACAAAAUUGAUUUGUAUUUUUGCAAAAAAGAAAAAAAAAAGCAACGAAAUAUGUUAUCCGAAAGAUAUAUGUUCCUCUCAUAAACUAGGUGCUCUUACAACGUGACGUCGAGUAAGAUUUCAAAUGUUUUUAUUAAUUUUUGAAAAUUUAAUUUUUUUUUUUUUCUUUUUAUCCAUUCUCGAUCGAUUUUUUUUUAUAUAUAUUAUCCGCACGAAAGAGCUACUAUAUGAGAUAAAAUAGAUAGAUUAAUAUAAUUAGGAGGAUGAUGAUAUUUUGUAAAACAUGUAUAAUAAAAUCUGCAUAGGA